AUGUCGGACUCGGAAGACACGGCUGUCGAGUCCGCGCCGCCGCCUCGCGUCUCGUCGCUACGCUCCCGUUUCGAGAAGCUUUCGACUGAGCAAGAAUCACUCUCGCCGCCGUCCAGGCCAGCGAGCACAUAUUUGGACCCCUCAUGCGUGCCGGGGCGGCCAAGGGCUUUAUCGAACUUGCACCAGCAGCACGCAGCAUCGGACAACAAACACCUUCGGACGAGCUCUUCGUCCUCGGACCUUCGGGCGCACUCGCAUUCGCCGUCGGGAUCCGUUUCGUCCAUUACUUCUGCCUCGGGAUUGCUGGGCAAGCCACCUCCGCCGCCCCCACCGGUGAACCGACGCACCCCCUCGCCAUCGCCGUCCAUCUCGCCGUUACUCCGCCCUGUACCAAACCCGGUAUCUAUUCCUAGCAUCUCGGAACCAGCACCUCAGCCUGCGACGACGACGAAGAGCGCGCUACUGAGUCGUAAGCCGCCCCCACCCCCGCCGCACGCGCAUGGACACGCUAAGGCGGCUAGCGAGAACGGGAGUGUUAGUGCGGGGUCGGAUGGGGAGGGGAUCGCGAGGCCGGGCAGUGUUGCUAGUUUAAUCAAUCAGUUUGGCUCCAAUCCCCCCUCGCACCUUCCGUCUCCCGCAUCGUCGGAUCAUGGUCACGGACUCCCCAUCCCACCGUCGCCCAAACCGCCUCCUCACCCUCCACCUCGGCCGUCUCUUAGUACUUCUCCUGAUGCCUAUGCAAACAUACCUGGUCCCGCAGGUCCUCCUUCACCUCAACUGCGUCCCCGUCCGCCUCCCCGACCGUCGCUCACUCCCUCGGAUAAUCUCUUGCCUCAUUCACAAGCGCCACCAUCACCUAGAUUACACGCCCGGCCAGCCCCGCCCCCUCCGAGACCGUCGGUCACUACAUCCGAUCUUAAAGGCGCGGCCCACUCGCCCUCUCCCCGACCGUCGUCCCAUCCGCCACCGCCACCCCGGCAUUCAGCUCAUUCUGUUGAUGUUGUAAGAAGUAAUGGAGUCUCGUCACCAAGUCCUGCCUCUCGACCUGUUCCACCUCCUCGCCCCAUCGCCACCCCUCCCGAUGUUCAAGUCGAAAGCCCGUUCUCCGACUCGUCUUCGUCAGAGUCCUCGGAAACCGGAACCAGCCCCGAGCGUCUCUCCGAGUCGACAUCUCCCCCGCAGCUUCCGCCACGCCAUAAUACGCACCCACCGCCCCUUCCCCGCCGGCGUGAGACCAACAACAAUAACCCCCAUGCCGAGCGCCUCCCGCCGCCGCCGACGCGCACAAUUGCGCUGGGGGAUAAGCUGCCCCCGCCGCGGCGCCCGCCGACCCCGUCCUCGUCCGAGAGCGAGGAGGAGGAGAAGGUCGACCCCGCGGGGAUGCCCGAUACGAGCCGCGCGUCGCGCCGCCCGCCCAGUGUCGGCCUCGAGAACCGCGUGCAUGUGCCGAGCCAUUCGGAGGUCGCGGCGUGCGGGCGCACCGUCGUCGUCGCGCACUCGCACCGCGUACGCGUGUGGGAGGUGGGCGGCGGGGCUGAUGCGGUUCCCGUGUGGGACCUUGACUUGAAGGACGCGCUACGCGAGUGGAAGGUCAAGGAGAAGGAGGUGAAGGUGUGUAGCGUGGAGUUUCUCGCGGGGCGCGGGGAGGAGGUUGGGUGUUUUGUAUGGAUGGGCACGAAGGAGGGGCACUUGAUCGAGUUCGACGUGGGCGCGGGCGCGGUGACGGGCGUGAAGCUCUCCGCGCAUUCGCACGCCGUCACACACAUCUUCCGCAUCGGCCGCGCGAUGGUGAGCAUGGACGAGAGCGGGAAGGUGCUCGUGUUCGAGGGCCAGGAGGGCGCGGCGCUCAUGCUGAACAGCGUGCAGCCGCGCGUGGUGCGCAUCGCGGACAAGCAGGAGUUUGCACAUGUAAUUGGUGGAAAGCUGUGGACGAGCGCACGGAUGGACCCUGGCGGCGGCGCAGGCGCGAACGGGACGAGCUCGCGCGGGCCGAUCGUGAGGGUGUACGAUAUCCUGACGCCUGGCUCGUCGGGUCGCUCGCUGCUGCCCACCGAACACGUCGGGAACGUCACCUGCGGGACAGUGCUACCCUCACAACCAGGGUCUGCGUACCUCGGGCACGAGGGCGGGUUCAUCAGUAUCUGGUGUUUGCACGAUGAGGAGGGCGAGGGCGUGCCUGUGUGCCUGGAGGUGAUGAAGAUCAGCACGUCGGACGUCCUGUGUCUCGAAGGCGUGAAUGAUAAGCUGUGGGCUGGAGGCCGCAAGGGUAUGGUCGCGGCGUACGAUGUGAGUGCGAAGCCGUGGGUGAUGACGAAUAAUUGGGACGCGCAUGGUGGGGUGCCCGUGACGAGGCUCGCGGUGGAUCCAUGGAGUAUCGAGAAGUUGGGUCGGCUUUGUGUGGUUAGUGUCGGCAGGGACGAGCGGAUCAAGUUCUGGGAUGGCUUGCUUGCUGAGAAUUGGAUCGAUGAAGAGCUUCUCAAACGGGAAGAAGAGUUCAGCAAGUUCCGAGAUCUCAGCCUCUUGAUCGUCUCAUGGAACGUGGAUGCCGCCAAGCCGGACGCACUCAGCGGGAGCCCGGAGAACAUUAACUUCCUCGAUACCGUACUGCACACCGUCGACUCGCCCGACAUCAUCGCCUUCGGCUUCCAGGAGCUCAUCGACCUUGAGAGUCGCAAGAUGGCGGCAAAAUCGGUGCUGCUUGGCGGAAAGAAGAAGACCGCAGAUGGCACCAUCUCGGAGAAAGUCUCUUCGGCGUACAAGAAGUGGUAUGAUAAGCUUGUGCUGGCUGUGAGGCUCGCGAUGCCGCCCGAGACGCCGUAUACGGUCAUACAUACGGAGAAUUUGGUCGGGUUGUUCAGCUGCAUAUUUGUUAAGAAUACGGAGAAAUUCUCGCUGAAGGAUGUGGCAAUUACGACCAUCAAGCGGGGUAUGGGUGGCAGGUAUGGAAACAAGGGUGGGAUCGUCGCCCGUUUUAUCAUUGACGAUACCUCAGUGUGUUUCAUCAACUGCCAUCUGGCUGCUGGACAGCACCAUGUGCGCCAGCGGAACGCUGACGUUGCGGCUAUGGUGGAAGAGAAAGCAGUCUUCCCAGCUACGGACACUUGGCAGGAUCCAGUAGCGUAUGUCGGCGGUGGGGAUGGGUCCAUGGUUCUCGACCACGAAAUCGUCUUCUUCAACGGUGACAUGAACUACCGUAUCGAGCAGCGCCGCGAUGCUGUAAUUGCAGCCGUCCGCGCAGGGGACUACGACUUCCUCAUCGCGCACGAUCAGUUAGUGAUGCAAAUGAAGAAUAACCGCGCCUUCCGCCUCCGCUCCUUCCGUGAAGGGCCCCUUACAUUCCCGCCCACGUACAAGUACGAUCGGCGUUCGGACGAAUAUGACACCUCAGAAAAGCGACGCGUGCCUGCGUGGUGCGAUCGUGUUCUCUGGCGGUCACGCCACCCGGACCGAGUGGAGCAGCUGCAUUAUCAGCGGUAUGAAGCGAACGUCUCUGACCACCGGCCGAUUUCCGCUGCCUUUAAGAUGACGGUCAAGUCUGUUAACCGCGACAAGAGAGCGAGGGUGAAGCGGGAGGUGCAGGAGAUGUGGGACGUCAGAGAGCAGAAUCUGCUCAUCGCCGCACGGGAAUUCUACGCCAGUCAGGCUAUUAUCUUAUAGGCGUCACUACGCGAAUACUGAGAGGCAGAAGUAAAAGCAUAGAAUAUUCGGACUCGACCUCGGACACUCGUAAUACCGACUGUACCCUUGCAUUGUACUGUAGUAUUUAGAUAAGCCCAUGUUAUUUUCCUCACCAAAUGGCAGCCUUGACAAUCC